UUCACCAAUGGAACUAUGGCAGCUCUCGCUGUGAAAGUGGAAUCUGUCCCCAGCUUGUCUCCAAGUCAACUAACUCUAAGGGAUCAGAGUUGCCGGCCUCUUCAGUCUGAUGCUAUCAAUGCGGUUUUCUACUUCAAUGUCAACUCCUGUGGAACAACUAGACGGUUUGACAACAACCUCCUGACUUAUGAGAAUGACGUGCUGUUCACAUCUUACCGGUUGAGAGUUGCCUGUCACUACCUGGUCAAUGACACCAAGGUAGUACAGUUCUUGUACCAGAAUAAUCCUGCACCUGUAGUCCAGCCUGGCUUGGGGGACCUUGCAGUCAUCAUGCGGCUUGCAUUGGAUUCAACCUACAAUGACUUCUAUGGAGCUCGGGAUUACCCUGUUGUGAAGUACUUGCGAAGACCCUUGUAUUUUGAGGUAGAGCUCCUGUACAGCAGGGAUCCACAGGCUGAAUUGUUUUUGGAGAACUGCUGGGCAACCUAUUCUGUUGACAGGAAUAGCUCUCCAAAGUGGGAUGUUGUUGUGGACAGCUGUGAGAACUCUGCAGAUGAGUACUUGACCAUCUUUCACCCAGUCUCCAGCAAUGCAAGAGUGCUGUUCCCUUCCCAUCUGAAGAGGUUUGAAGUGAAAAUGUUUUCCUUCACAAGCGGCCGGGAUGCAAUGAAAGGACAGAUUUACUUCCACUGCAGUGUUGUGAUAUGUGAUUCAAACCGGCCAUCAGACAGCCUCUGUAGCAGACGGUGCAUUCCAGGGAAACAGAGGCUUGGUCGCAGUGCUGAAGGGAUGGAUGGUGGUGCAAAGGCGUUUGUGUCUUCUGGCCCAAUUGAGCUGAAGAGAGAUGGAUCCCUUCACUUUAUGCCUAGAAGCGCCCAAUUCAAUGUGUGGUCCCUUCUGGGAGCUGCAAUGGGUGUGUGUUCAGUGGUUAUCUUCAUAGCUGGAGUUGUAUCUUUCUGGAAACUGCCAAAAAGUGUGUAUUGAUAAAUAACAAUCUUGCUUGUAAAAGCUUAUUUUUUUGUGCUUGAUUAAUUCUACACUUGAUAUGUCAGAAUGGCCAUGUCAAUGGGAUUUCCUCCUCCUUGCUGUAUCAAAUGCUUUGAUUUGCCCUGAUCAGGCCAUUCUCAAUAUGGUGUGUUACUCAAGGACCCUUCACUAAUUCACUGUGUGAACCCGGGGGCAAAGACUUUCCUCCUCCAAUGAGCUGUAACCCUAUUUUUAUAUUUAACAGUAACAGGGCAAUUACUAUACCUUCAGUUAUUUAGCAUGAUAAAAUUUAUGGAAGAAACCCACCCCCUCAUUUGUCCCUUUUAUUAAAUAUGUAUUGGGUAACAAUUUUCAUAUAAAUUCUAUUUCAGUAUACAAUUUAUACAUUGUCUUGAACCAGGCUUCAACAAGAAAUAAACUAGAGCCCUGCUUCACUGAUUUAAGAAUAUAUGUUUAACUGUUAA